AUGAAAGUGGUGUCAUUAAGAAUGGCGACUGUGUGUACGUGUGUACGUAGCAGUGCCUGGCAGUGUUAGAAAUGCUGAAGACGCUUCAAGGGACAGCCACGUGGGAAAUGAUAGGACACGCAUUAAGGUGUUACUGGAGCCAGGCCAGUGAUAAGGUAUGAAAGAGGUAUCGUAAGGCUGCACCGGCAAGUAACGGAAGGAGUGGGGGAAACGGUGAAGUUUGAGAGAGAAAUACGAGCCGGCGUAUAAUUGAGAUGGAUGGAUGUUACAUUCCGAACAACCCCCACUACGGGCUCGUCGAGUUGCAGGGCGCAGGUGGUGGCCCGUCGCCUGCAGUUUUGGGAGGCACAUACGGCAGUUCAGGUGGAGUACAGGUUCCUACAGGUCUCGGCAGUGGGGGGGCAUACUGGUCUCCGGAGGACAUGGGAUCUUUCUCGUUGCCGCCUCUGGACUUGGAUCCCCUGCCCAGUCUUUUCCCAUUCAGUCCCUGCUCAGCUGCCAACUACAAGACAGAUUUUCCGGUGCUGAAGGAGAAGCAGCCGCACGAUAUGGCUGACGUCUUGCUCUCCCUGAAACACGCGGUCGUCCACCCGGGACAAACAGACGGCCAGCUAUCUCCAUGCAGCAACUUCGCAGGUUCCUACGGCGCUGGGCAGCAAUGUACAGGCCAAGGGUCGUACCAGGGACCUUCCGCGUCCCUCUCAUACACAGUUCAUCCACAUCAGAUGAUGUCUCCAAGCGCAGGCUAUGGCACCACGCAGUUCUGCACGGGCGCGCAAGACCAGAGCGGGAUGUUCGGUGCCCAGACGCCGGCACAGCACCACAACAUGUUCCCCAGCAUGAGUGUCAACGUGUCUAUGAACAUGACGAUGCACGGGUACCCAGAGAAUCUGCAGCACCAGAUGACCUGUCCGCAGAUGCAGUGGACAUCAGCAACUCCCAAUCCAUCGCCUGUCUACCCUCAAACACAGGGCCUGCUGAGUCCUCAAGCCUGCACUGGUGGAGCCACGUACUCCUUCACCGCGGACUUCCGACCUCCAACAGAGCCACCUCUCAUCACAACUAAUUCAUCUUUCAAGCCUGUGAUUAGUAAAGUAACGAGUUUCACUCCAGUUUCCUCUACAGCCGGGACACCAGUCUCAUCACGCAAUUUAAACAGUGACGAAACACAACGCCCAAAUUUAUGUCGAAUUUGUGGAAAGACUUAUGCGCGUCCCAGCACUCUAAAGACGCAUCUGAGAACACAUUCUGGGGAAAAACCUUACCGUUGUGGAGACUGUAAUAAGUCGUUUAGUCAAGCCGCGAACCUUACUGCGCAUGUGCGCACUCAUUCCGGAGAGAAGCCUUUCCGUUGUCCAAUAUGUGAUAGACGCUUCUCACAAUCUUCUUCAGUCACAACGCACAUGCGUACACAUUCGGGAGAAAGGCCCUACAGAUGUAGACUUUGUAAAAAGGCAUUCUCAGACUCGUCUACUCUAACGAAACAUUUGAGAAUUCACAGCGGUGAGAAGCCAUAUCAAUGCAAGUUGUGUUUACUGCGUUUCUCGCAGUCGGGUAAUCUGAACAGGCACAUGAGAGUUCAUGGUGGUUCCAACACUGCGUUGCCAGCCUGACAGUGCCGGCAGUGGCAACUCCUGUAUCACCGCGUUAACUCCUGCUGGUGAGCGCACAAUCUAUAGGCAAUGUCCGGCCGCGAGAGGAAUUCUUAGGAGUUGGAACGAAGAUAUCAGUUAAUAAGCAACAAUUCGACGAUACAGAGUAAUACCUCGCGAUUCGCGAGUGUUACGUUUCUGACUCAAACCAAAGUUUACAAAACAGAGUCAUGCGUCAGUCAGGAUCACUGUAAAAUUGGGGAUUAGAACAACUAACACUUGAAUGAUACUUAUAUCUCCAUUUAUUUGCCCUUAUGAUAUAAUUUUCCUCAGAUUUUUGUAAAGAAUCACCUAUAAUAUCACUUAAUUUACUUAUUUGUCCGAACUGAAUUCACUCCCGAAUUUAGCCUAAUGCUCGCCACAAUUUAGAUGCGUUAAACAAGAAAUAUAACAUCACUCCUACAAAAGUCCACUGAAUAGUUCAAAAAUACAUUUAAGUACAUUCAACAAGAGAGAAUAAUAAGCUCUAUUUAUUUUGCGGAAAUUAUUUUAAGAAAAAAGAGGCUCGUUUAAUAAGGGCAAAUACGAUACUUUUUAUGUUCAAAUGCAGCUGGAAAUGAAGUGGUCGUAGCUUGGGAUUAUGUCACAGACCAUUCCGGUAUUUCCUUGGGAGUAAUGAGGGAAUUCACAGGGUAAAAUUAACGAGAACAACACGUACUCCUGUCGAGUUGAAAUCAUGAGCCUCCCAGAUGCAAACAGCAGACAAUACUCGAGGUAUAUUUCUUAAGUUGCAUGAUCGUUUACCCAUCAGUUUCAAUGCUUUUAUAAACUUAACUCUUUAAACAGUGUCCUUCAAUAACCUAACGAAUUUAUUGUGACGAUGAUGAAAAAAGGUAAUUAGUUAAGGAUAUGGACUAUUAGAAGCUAAUAUCCAAACAUUCACUAGAGGAGACCAAGGACCAGUCGAAAUUCAUAGCACGUUUAUCAGAAAUUCGAAUAAGUUACAGAAUAUCACUGCUUACGAUUAAUUAGUUGUAACCGCGAUAAACUAUGACAUGGAUUCAUAAAUAUGAUCUGGCCACUGAGGUAUAAAAUGGAGUAGAAGGGAAUAGAAGAAUUUUUGACGUUGAUUACCAAUGCGUAAGUGAAGAACAGAAGAUACAGUCAAUUAAUCGUGAGAGAUUCAAUGAUAAAUUAAAGACGCUGAAGAGGGCACGAGACCUUGACUACAUUUCAACAAGGCUUCAGCCUAGAGAACAAAGAUCCUUAUGAAUAUGAUGGAGAAAUAAUUUUGCAAUUCUCAAGAUACGUCACAGUUUAAUUCCGUUACAUAAUUAUAUUAAAGCCUGCCAUAACAGUACCUCAAGGGACCUCAACAGUUUUUUUCAUUUCGGAUAGAUUUCCCACUUAACGCAAGUACUUCUAGAUAAAAUAUUUAGUCCUUUCUAGCAUGCAUUUAUUAACCAAACGCGCCUACGAAUCAAAGCCUUUAUAAAAUAUUAAUAUCGAUGAGACAGAAUCAACCCGGGCGAACAUGGUUACAAAUUACAUGUGGGGACGUAUGAAAUAAUUCUUGACACUUACUGUCAUAAAUCACCAAUCUAUUUUUAUGGAAAUAAAAAUAUCCAUAGUUUACUUAGCUACGUAUUCAGACGGGGUUCAAUACGAACUAUUUAUUUUCCAAGAGGAGGGCGGGGAGUACUACACGUAGAACUGCACAUGGCUGUCUUCUGGGUUGUUUCGCCGUGUAGCCUGGUAUAAGUUUACCAACGUUUCAGAGGUCCUUGCUGUCUCCAUCAACAGGGCGAUAAGCAAGCCUCGCGCAUGGAAACCGUUCCCAUUCGCGCUGCUUCUACCAGAUUGCAUAGCGCUACAACCCAGAAGACAGCCAUCUUCGGACUCACCACCUUGAAAACUUCAAAUCCUAUGUAAAACUGCAGUUUUACCCAGUCAUACAUUAUACAAAUUAUGUAAAUGGUUGGAAAACAUGAUUAGACCUAACCAUUCGUGAAACAAAUGUUCCUUCUCGUAUAAUUUAUAGGAAACCAUACGAACCAAAGUACGUAAUAUGAAUAAUAAAUAAAUAAAAAAGUGCUCGACAGGUUGCGUCUGCAGAGAAGAAAUUCACUCAAUCUUUAUUCACACAGCUGAGGUAUCCUGUCUGAGUAAAACAACAAAUAAGACGCAAAGUUGUCAGUUUAUUUGAUUUAAUGACGCUCUGUCUACUGUACAGACUACUUCGGUGUUUCUCAAACGAUGUGCUGCAAAAUUUUGAUUUCGAAUGCGUUUCUACACAUUUAACAACAGUUCACAAAAUAUCAGUAAAUUGUUCAAGUCUUUCUUUAUAUAUCAUUCGCCUGUACUGUUACUUUGUUACAUAAAGCUAAUUGUAACAGCAAUAUUUUAAUUUCUUUUCAACGUUUAUAAUUUAUUACACACUCCUAAAAGGUUAUUAAUUUUAUAAAAUUGUACUUUCUUUUCAAAAAGUAAAAUAAAUUGGUAAAAAAGUGUUAAGAAUAAUAUGAUCAUACUAGUUACAUAUAUACACAACUUUACUAUCAACAUGUUGUCUGCUAUGAAAUAAUGAGCUAUAUUUUAGUGUCAUCAUUUAGAAAAGGCGGAGAAACAGAGAGCUGACUUGCCGGUAAAUGAUAUUUCUACGGUCGACUGUUAACUCUGAACUAAUAUACCUAAUAAUAAACACUGAACAAACGAUUUUUAUUAAAGAAAUAGAUUUUCAGCAAUGAAAUUCCAAGUACGAGUAUAUUUAAAGUUUGCAUAGACUCCUAACAAAUAACAUAAUGCUAUUACAAAACUACAGAAGUUCAAAGGUACUCUACAGUAGAAGAGAAACUACGAACAAUACUCAAUUAUGACGUCACGAUGUGCAUUUUUAGUAUUCCUCAAUGUUUCAACGAAUAAAGGAUAAUAUUACUUAUUGCCUGAAUUAUUUGUGUGUGUUACUUUGAAGCCAAAGAAACUGUACAAGUGUCCUGUAUAUUACUGUGUCAUUUUUUUCUAGUCACUAAAAUGGAAUAAAUUAUAUGUAUUCUCCAGAUAAUAUUUUAUAACAAAUAAAAGAAAAUUAAAUAAAGAUUUCCAUACCAAAAUGUUUUACCUUAAUGACAGAGAGUUCCACUGCAAAGUCAUUACCCCUAAGGGUGGGGAAUACCGGUCAAAGCUACGUCUUCAGUUAUCAUUUCCUACAGAUCUUUUGUUACGUUCUGCGUGUUUUAUACUGCAUACUUAAGAUGUAGACCCUUCAGACUAAAUUCCAGUUUAUAUAAAGUUUCAACUUUGCGUAUACUUUUCGUUAAGUGACCUUAAUUAGCCCAUCCUCCCCUACACAUCUCUCCUAACCUUUUGUUGGUUGGAAAUAUCUAUAAAAAUAAAAACUCUUCCAAUCCACGAUAUUCAAAAAACUGUAUCGGACAUCCACGAAUCACGCUACUUACACAGCAAUCCUCAGCCCCCGUCGGGGAUCGAACCCCGCCCGUCCAGCCCGUAGCUAGUCACUAUACUGACUGAGCUAUUUCACAACAGGCAAGUAUAACUAUAAAUUAGCCACAAAUUCCACUGAUACUACACUCUGACUCCCAAAAUUUAUUACAUAAAACCUUGUACUUUUAUAGAUUUCAAAAGUCUAUGGCAGGUUUAUGUUAAAUAUAUCCAAAAACGUAUUUUUUACCUUCAAGCAAUCAUUUGUCUACAAAUAUCAAAAUGGUUAGGAAUACUAUUCCCAAGGAUUAGUAUAUUAAACAUACAAUUUUAAAUGUGAUUAGGGUCAUAUGCAUGAUUAAUCCAACUGUAGAAGUGGGUAGUCAUAUUAGGGAUUUACAUACUGCCCUCUUCAGUUCGUAGUGUGUGGCGUCGCUACUUUUGAAAGGCACAGAGAACCAGCUAACAUAACCACACAUUCCUCAUUUAGCCCACAUUGUGUAAUUUAUUAAAUUAUGCACGCAUAUUAUUGUUUGUAAGAUAAUUAUAUACUAAGUAUAUAAAGCGAAUUGUUUUUAUUAUAAAAAUUCGUAAGUAAAUUUUUUUUCAUUAAGUUCACUAGACCCUACUUAACAUUAGCUUUUAAGUCUGCCAGAUUUUAACUGAACUCAAUAUGUGUAAUGAAUGUACCCAUUAACAGAGACUAUGAUCAAAUUUGUAAUUAUUCCUAAAAAUACUGAUAAAAUUACGAUUAAAACCCAUUCAGUAUUCUGUACUGGGGCAAUUUAUAAAAAUACUAGCCUAAAGGGGGGGAUAGCUAUUAAAUACCCCUCUCUCUCUCUCUCUUUCUGACCUUCCAAAAAUAAAGAAUUAUAUUGGUUUUGAAAUACCAGAAUAAAUAGAUAAAAACUUAAUGCAAGAUUAUAUUCAAAAUACUUCAUAAAACAUACACCAACACCUACAUUCCUACUCUACCUUUAUAAAAUUCUUACAUUUCAAGUUAAA